CAGCCCCUCUCUUUGAUGUCCACGUCCCCGUGGUGUCCGUGUCCUGCCGGCUGCGAUGUGUUACGCGCCUCAGCUUUAGAAAAAAAAAAAACAGAGAAGGAAAACUUCAUAGAAAUGGCGGAGGGUACUACGACUCUCAAAGGCUUGCGAGCCCAAAUGGCUGCAGCUGCACAGGCACAAGCCGAGGAGCGGCGCAGCCUGGCAGGGAACAGUCCAGGACCUACAACCAGCACAUCAGCUAAACCUCAGGGGUGUAGGCCAGUCAUUGACGGUGCCGCGCUUAGAAUAGACGACCGACUGCGGGUGGCAAAAGAGAGGCGAGAGGAGGCAGACAGACAACAGGCUUUGCGAGAGUCUCAGAUCAUGGAGCGGGAGCGCAAGGCCAAGCUGCAAGUAGAACGUCAGAUGGAGGAGCGUCAGAAAAAGGUUGAGGAACAACGACGAAAGGAGGAGCAGAAACGAUUGGCUGUGGAAGAGAAGAGGAAGCAGAAACAGGAAGAGGAAAAGGAGCACUACGAGGCAGUGAUGCGGCGGACAUUAGAGCGUAGUAAUCGAGUGGAUCAGAGGCAGAAAAGAUGGUCCUGGGGAGGCCUGUCAGAAUCAGAUGGACGAACAGGAGACUCUGAUGCCGGCUCCUCAUCUCCAGUAACUAUAGUUAUUUCCUCUCCCUCGCCAGAAAAGCCACCAAGGAGUAGACAAGUGGACAAGCGCUCCACAUCCACCAUGAACCUGAAACAGCCGUCUGAGGCUGGCAUCAGCAAACGCCUAUCCUCUUCCUCUGCCACCCUCAUCAAAUCUCCUGACAAAAGUGUUAGGCCGAGGAGUUCGUCUUGUAACCGGUUGCCUAGCAAUGGCAAUGCUGCUCAGGCCAGUAAGGAAGAUGGCAAAAAGCUUCAGGUGGAAAAGACAGGCUGUUCCAUGAAGAAGAGAAGUUCCUCCCUCACACGAGUAAGUGUGGGCAGAGCACAGACCCCUGCCAAGCCUGAUAAGGGGACAACGGAUGAUCAAGCUCGCAGGCCACCGGCCAGCACAGAGGACGGAGGGGUCCUUAGUCGUCUGCUCACCCCAACCCAGGCCUCACUAGCUAGGAGCAAGAGCGCCGCCGUCCUGUCAGCCCAAGGAACAAAUGCUCCAGAGUAUCACCUGUGUCCUCGCUCAGCCUCUGCCAGUCCCCUGCACCCACCGCGUGGACCUGUGCGCAGUCGCAGCAUUGACCGACAGAAGAGCGGCAUGACCACCUCUGUGUCGGCCGAUGGAGCCCUCGACCCUUCGAUGAAGGACAAGCAGUUAACAUCACCUGGAGGGCAACGUCCCGCAUCCCCAUCCACUACACUGGGGCGCAACCGUUCACCAUCUCCAGCCCCCAGUUCCACCCCAAAGAGGACCCCCUCCCCAGCAGCAGCCAAGCAAAGUUCCAAGACACGCCCACCCUCACCUGGUGCAAUGAAACAACGUCCCCCAUCCCCCCAGCCUAAACCUCCACCUAUCCAGAAACCAGCUCUCACUCCAACAGGGCCCCCCACCUUGCGAAAGAGGGACUCCAAGUCCAAGGAUCUGUGUCCUGUCCAGGCGGUGUCUCCACAGUCCUCUGAUUCCAGCAAGACCAAAGAGAAAGAUGCCUCGACGGGCACCAACUCUGCAGCAGAGGCAGCCAAGAUCCUGGCGGAGAACCGCAGACUGAUGCGAGAGCAGAAAGAGAAAGAGGAGCAGCUCAGGAUACAGAGGGAGGAGGAGGAAAAGGUGAGGAAGGAAGAAGAGAAUCGUUUAGCGGAGGAGGCUCGACUGAAACGAGUGGAGGAGGAGAAGAAGCUUGCAGAGGAGAGGAAAAUCAAAGAAGAGGAAGAUGCGCGUCUGGCAGAGGAGGAUCGGGUGAGACUGGCCGAAGAGGAGGCACUGAAACAGGCCGAGCUCCAGAAGGAACGCGAGGAGGCUGAGGCCAAGGCCCUGGAGGAGGCAGAGAGAGUCCGUCAAGAGAGAGACCGCAUCAUGCAGCAGAACCAGCAAGAACGAAUGGAGAGGAAGAAGAGGAUUGAAGAGAUAAUGAAGAGAACAAGAAAAGGGGAGCAAAAUGACUUGAAGAGAGAGGCAGAAGAUGAUGAUAAGGAGGAGAAUGAAGAUGAUGGGGACCAGAUAAACUCUGAAACCAUGAGCCAGACAGAUGAGCUCCCCAUAGAAGCUGACGCAGAUGAGUGUGGUCUGUCUUCUGGUGAGCCGGUGGAACAGCGAGAGGCACCCCUGGGCAGUGUGAAUGGAAAACUGGAGACAGACAACAAGGAGAAUAACAAUGGCAUAAGCACAGAUGAGACUCAGGCAGUAAGUCCAGCACCUAAGGGCCGCCACGUCGAGGGAUCGGAGUUCCUGAAUGAGCAGGACUCCACCAAGGUGGGAUUGGUGUCAGGUCUUAACGGUAAAUCCAACCAGUGGAGCUUUGAGGAACUCAUUGACCUGAACGUCCACUCCAAGACUCGGCCCCUCAUCGACGCAGAGGACUGUAACCAGGUCUUGAUUAACUGUGACGGGAGCUCAGAUGGGACCAGGGUCGCCUUCGAGGACAAGGGAACCCCCGUCAAUGCCCUGCAUUCCUCUAAUCAACCCAUAGAAGCCCUGUCAGAGAUUUGAUGCUGCAGCCGCCGCUGAGAAGCCUCUUACUGUUACUUAUUGUGUGCACUCGUAAAGGUCUUGUCCAGCAGAGCUCCUUUAAAAAAAAAAAAAUCCUCUACCUGUUCCAAACAGCUUUCUGAUCUUUCUCCUCCUCCUCUUCCAGAGGGAGGAGCACAAGGUGAAGCGGAAAGACCACCCCAAGUGCUACAUUUGCACCCUAAAUGAUGAGGAAACAAAUAUUACAAUAUAUGUAAACAAAAAAAGCGUUAGGCUUCAGGGAAGUUCCAUAUGUUCCUUCAACGUGCUUGCUUCAGGUCUCUUUCCUCUUCCUCUUGUGUUUAGUUCUUCUCCAGAUUUUUUCUGUGUUGUGUCCAAUGUUGAUGAUGUUUUUUAAGAGUUCUCUUUGUCAGGGGUGUAUUGAUGUAAUUUAUUAAUUUUGGCUUCUGUGUUGUUGUAAGUAUUAUAUGUUUAGUCUUUUUUUUUUCUUUUUCUUUUUGUUUCUCUUGUAUGAGAAAAUUCCAGGACACAUGCACAUUAGGCUGUUUGAACUGAAUAUAAGAUUAAUAUUGUGAGUUAAUGGAAGGAACUUUAAUACAUUCUGUUCUGUCUGGGCUUUGGUGGGGAUAGCGUCCCAGGUUUUUGCAUGCGAUUCAUCUAAAUUUACUUGACCGGCUGCUUUUUGUAGCAUCCAGCAAUAUGGCCUUACCACUCCCCCCCCCCAACUUCUAAUUCUUAACUGUGAAUAUACUAAAUUGCUUGUUCUGAAGCUCACACACGCACACUUGAGCAAUCAUCCGUCAUGUGCUUACACUUGAGGAGUUUAUUCUGUAUUCACACCACUUCACCUCACAGAGCUGUGUCCUUUCAGACCCAUUUAUUUUUGUACACAACAAGCACCUGUCUGAGCGUCUGUCACUGUUUAUUCUUUGACCACCAGAGGGCUUCAGGAGCACCAACUCCAAUUGUAACAUUUGAAGCAGAUCUACAUUGCUGGUCAUGACAACACUCUAGUGUAUUCACAUGUUAAGUGGGUUUGUUAUUUUUUUACAUAUGUAUAUAGAAUUUAUGUUUACUAACAACAUCAUUGUAAUUUACACCAGAAGAAGAGUUGCAUCGAGUUUUAGUCUCAUCUUGAGCUACAGUUUCAAUAAGCGUAACUGUAACAUACUACUAACAGGUGAAGUCCAUUAGUUUAAUUCAUAGCUGCUUCUGAGCUUCUAAAGACGUUAUGUGUUUGUUACUGAACUGAACAUGAAUGUACAGCUGUUCCGUCACGAUGACCAGAGUUGCCCCAAAUCAGGCUUUCAAUUAUCUGGUUUUAACUUAAGCUGUACCAACACAUCCACUAACACUUUUCCAUCUGUCCUUCUGUCGGUGUGGCUCUUUCAUUAAUUACAUUUAUUUCUCAUUAACCUUUUGAAAAUUCCCAACACAUUAGCUGCUACAUCAGACAAAAAUACAUUUCAACUAUUUUGUAUAAACUAAAAUUUGGCGUUUUUUGUUUAUAUAUGAAAAUACAUUUCUACAUAUAUUUAAGUGUUAUUGUAUUGUGUAUAAAUCAGUAUUAGGCAAAUGAAGCCAUGUUUAGGAUGGGGUGGUGUCAGGAUGUGGAUAAUCUGCAUAUGUGACUGUGCUAUAACCUAGGUUUCUGUUUGACUCGUGCCCUAUGACCAGGUAGUCAGGUCACAUUUGGGCAGCCUUGAAACCCAAAAUUUACAUAAAACCCUCUGCAAAGCAUGGGGCCAAGUGGGGACCCACUAUUUGUUUCUCAAAAUAUGGUGUGUGCAUUUGUGUGUAUGUUCGAGACACAUAUCCCCAAGCACUUAUUCUAAAUAUGGGCUCAAGUUGACAUUUUGAUGGCAAGCAGAGUUGUUACAGCCUUAAACAACAUGUCUGACCCAUGAUAAUGGCUGUGCCUCUUUAUGAUGCUUUAAUGUCGUUAAAAUAUGUUUUAGAUUAUGUCAAAAGAUGUGUGGAUGUUUUUGGUUAGUUACGGUUGGUUUAUCAGCUCAGGUCGCAAAUAUUCUACUUUGUAAUAUGAGGCAGGGCACGUCCUCCAAACAGAAAAUGACGUGGGUCAGACAUGUUGUUUUCUGUCUCUUCUGGAUUUAUAAAAUGUUUUAAACUCUUGAAUUUCCCUAUGCUUGAAUAGUCCAAGCACGAGGUUUGGGGACCUUGAUUUUUGCCUUGCUGUCUGCUGGAUUUCGCACCCUCUUGCUAACUCAAAUGUCUUUGUACAUAAAGACUGGGGGCUUUUAGAUCUUAGCUUUGAUUAAUGAGCUCAAAGAAUGUAACAGACUCCAUAAACCGUCCUUCAUUAUUUACCAUGUCUCGCAGAGCUGCCUCCUUUUAGCUUUCAUACAUUAUUCAUCUUAAAAACAUGACUCAGAAAUUACUCGCUAUGUUUAAACUCACUGGUUUACUGAGGAGAGGCUUUAUUGUACAGAUUCGAAAGAGAGUUGUGUGAUAUUCUGGAAGACAGUCAUUUGUUUGUUCCUUCACAGAUAUUUAGAAGUCUCAUUCAUAACCCAAAACCUGCUUAUACCCAAACUCCCCACAAACCUUUCCUACUCCUUUCCCCACUCAUGAGUAGCACCUGUUGUGGGGCUGUUGUAGCUGCUGCUCGAACAGAUACUGUAUCUAUUCCCGGUCCUGCUGCAUCUUUGAGGGCUUGAGUACAGAGCUGACUGCUCUUAGUCCUUAACGUUGUCUAUAACAAUAGGAUAGAAUGGUGCCUUAGAUUUGAGAUUUAGUAUUUUUAUUGAAUAACAGUUAACUAUGAAAGCUUGUCCUUACCUCGGCCUCGACAAUCAGUCCAUACAACCAGGGCAACUUUGUGAAUAUGAAUAUUUCUCUGGAAGAUUUACAAACCUAACAGCGCCCUGUCCACAGAUAAAAUUUGUACUGUAAAUAUAUCUAAAGUGUACUGAGAUGAUACAAACUGUUAAAACAAUAAAGUCUUGCAAAAAUA